AUGUCCAGUACUCUAUCAUUUCCCGUUCUCCUUAUUUUUGACAACGUAUUCUCAAUAACUUUUACACUGGUACUUUUGAUCGGUGACUUCAAUUUGCCUCAUCGUUCGGCUAAUAUCUCGCCGAAGUUUCGCAAACUUCUGGUUCCAAACAAAAUGCAACACGUUUUGUGCACUGGAAACUUGUGCUCACGUGAAACAUAUGAUUACCUCAGAACUCUGUCAUCGGAUGUUCACGUUGUGAAAGGAGAGUUCGACGAUGAGAUGCUCAAGUAUCCAGAUACUAAAGUGGUAACUGUUGGGCAAUUCCGUAUUGGAGUUUGUCAUGGCCAUCAGAUCAUUCCUUGGGGAGAUUCGCGGAUGCUCGAACUUCUGGCCAGACAGCUCGACGUCGACAUUCUUGUCACCGGAAACACCUACGAAUGCAGUGCCGUCGAGAAAAGCGGUCGAUUCUUCGUGGAUCCCGGAAGUGCUACCGGAUCAUUCAGCGUCAAUAAAACCGGCCCAGUGACGCCUUCAUUUGCUCUACUCGAUGUACAAGCAGACAAUGUCGUCACUUACUUAUACCGUCUUAUUGAUGAUGCAGUCAAAGUGGAUCGCAUUAUUUACAAAAAAUCGAAGAGCACAUAA